AUGAUACCUGAUGGGUUUGUGGCAAAUUUAACAUUUGUGAAUGAUUCUACCAUACUCGACGAUAGAUGUGGUGCUAUUCUCACUAUUCCAAUUAACGAAUCAGCACCAAUGAUUAAAUCUUAUUUUGGUUCUCCUGCAAUAUUUAUAUCGUAUACUUGGACAUUUGAUGACAAAGUCACACCACUACUUAAUCCAAAUAUGUUUGCUACCACUUCAGAAAACGGAAUUACAAAUUGUUCAUCUCUUCCAUGUGAAACUGUGACACAGUUUGGGGCUUACAAUGUUGUGUUUUUGCG